AUGUAUCGACAGAACUAUCAGUCAGGCAUUCUCUCCAUCUUCUAUAGCGUUGGACAGAAGCCCUUAUUGAACUGGGCCUCUAAGGCUCAGGCCGGCGGAAUUAAACGCAUUACGGAUCAGGAGAUUCGCUCCCUUGUGCUUGACAUGCGAGCGUCAAAUAUCACCACAACAUACAUCGAAUGCCCAGCCAAACCACAUGAAACUUUGGGCAUACGCAUGCCGAUUUUUGUGCUACUAUUCAAGAAUGUAAAUCGCUUCUUCUCAUUUCAAAUUGAAGUGCUGGACUGUACUGGCUUCAAGCGCAGGUUUCGCGCCAGCAACUUUGUGAAGGUGACGUCAAUGAAGCAGUUCACCACCUCUAUGCCUCUCGUCCUGCAUCCUGGUUGGAAUACCGUUGUCUUUGAUCUACACCGGCUACUGGAUUAUUGCUAUAAGCAGCGAUUACUCGAGGUGAAUAGAGUGAAAAUUCACGCCAACUGUAGAUUGCGUCGUGUUUACUUUUGUGACAGGCCAUACAGCGAUAGCGAAUUGCCCAAGGAAUAUAAACUGCAUCUAAUGCCCAAUAUUGGAUAUUGA